AUGGCAUAUGCUCCUCUACUCUUGUCUAUUCUUUAAAUUGUUUCCCUCGUCCUCCGAUUUCCGUCCGCUCUUGUUUCUCUUCUCUCCUCUUAGCCCUCUCUUUCACUUUUUCGUCCCUUGUUCUCUGUCUCGUCUGUUCCUCUUCUCGAAGCUGCCCUUAGACUAAAAGUAAAUAAAAUCAUCCACCGAUCCGAACCUCGGCUCUACGAACUCGGCGCAAACCUCUCGGAUUUUGGAAUUGUUGUCUGAACUCGGCGCAAGAUUGACCGAGAGAUCAAUUCUGUCGCAAUGGCUUCAAAGAAUGGAAAUGGAAAGAAACAGCCGCCCUCAGCGGCUGUCAACCUCAUUGCUGGUGGUGGUGCUGGUAUGAUGGAAGCUCUCGCAUGUCAUCCCCUCGACACAAUCAAAGUCCGCAUGCAGCUCUCAAGGCGCGGGCGCCAACCAGGUGCCCCCAAGCGCGGCUUCAUCAAGACCGGCGCCGCCAUCAUCGCAAAGGAGACACCCCUCGGUCUCUACAAGGGUCUCGGCGCCGUCCUCACAGGCAUCGUGCCCAAGAUGGCCAUCCGCUUCACCUCCUUUGAGUGGUACAAGCAGAUCCUCGCUGAUCCCACAACCGGCGUCGUCUCUGGAAAGGCCACCUUCAUCGCCGGUCUCUCAGCCGGUGUCACAGAAGCCGUCGCUGUCGUGACGCCCAUGGAGGUCAUCAAGAUUCGUCUCCAGGCGCAGCACCACUCCAUGGCGGAUCCCCUCGACGUCCCCAAGUAUCGCAAUGCUGCGCAUGCGCUGUACACUGUUGUUAAGGAGGAGGGCUUCGGUGCGCUGUACCGCGGUGUGAGCUUGACGGCGUUGAGGCAGGGUUCUAACCAGGCUGUCAACUUUACUGCGUACAGCUACUUUAAGGAUUGGCUGAAGAAGUGGCAGCCUCAGUAUGAGAACACGAACCUGCCCAACUGGCAGACUACUCUUAUCGGUCUUGUUUCUGGUGCUAUGGGUCCUAUGAGCAAUGCUCCUAUCGAUACUAUCAAGACUCGUCUGCAAAAGGCUACUGCUGAGCCUGGAGUCAGCGCAUGGACAAGAAUUACUCGAAUUGCCGGAGAUAUGUUCAAGCAAGAAGGAGUUCACGCUUUCUACAAGGGUAUCACCCCUCGAAUCAUGCGUGUCGCUCCCGGUCAGGCCGUCACCUUUACCGUCUACGAGUUCCUCAAGGAUAAGCUAGAAAAGAGCAACAUUUCCCUAGUCGGAGGCAAGUACGAGGAAUAAAGCAGUGGCAACAAACCACGAAAUCACCAUCAUCCGCUGAAGCUCUUUGUUGGGGAACCCUUUCACUCAGAAGGACGAACCACGAGAACGCCAGUCAACAUAUACCUUGGAAGCCGUUUUACAUCGUCUCAGUUUCUAAUCAAUCCACAGUUCAAGUUGCUGUGAAGGAAGCUGAAGAGUCGAUCUAGGAUGGCAAGAUGAGAGGAGAAGGACAAAAAGAAAAAGAAGGACGAAGAGUAUAGAGAGCGGACAAGUAUACCAUGCAUUGGAGUGAAGGGCGGCUUGGGUUCUUAUUGCGUGCAUGCAUCUUGGAUAAAUACCAGCAUUUGUAGCUUGGGCAAUUGACUUUUUUGUGUAUCAAUCUCAACGUUUAUCUAACCGCCCCG